CAUCAGUGAUCAAUGUCAUUUGUAUCGUUGUGAAGUGUGACUGUGUGAAGAAAAAAGCGUGAAAUUUUAUUGCUUGCGGACUUUAAUCAUAAUGGUGUAAAAGUGUAAAGUGAAAUUAAAUAUAAUAAAAAUAACGAUCUUUAUUGUGUCGUUUAAAUAAGGUAGUCAAAUUUACAUCAUAUUUUAUUGCAAUAUCAAAAAUGGAUGAAUAUUCAAGAGAACCUUGCCCUUGGCGUAUAUUAGAUGACUCCGGUGGUGCUUUUUUGAUGGGAGCGAUUGGCGGCGGUAUAUUUCACUCGAUUAAAGGCUUUAGAAAUGCUCCUGUUGGAUUCAGUAGGAAAAUGUUGGGCAGUUUGGCUGCUAUGAAAGAAAGAUCACCGAUAGUUGGUGGUAAUUUUGCAGUAUGGGGUGGCAUGUUUUCAACAAUAGAUUGCUCCUUAGUAUAUUUAAGACAAAAAGAAGAUCCGUGGAAUUCAAUUAUGAGUGGAGCACUCACUGGAGGAAUAUUAGCUGCUAGAAAUGGUGUACCUGCAAUGGCAGGAAGUGCGUUAGUUGGUGGAGUUCUUUUAGCGCUAAUAGAAGGCAUUGGUAUAAUGUUCACGAGAAUAUCUGCAGAGCAAUUCAAACCACAACAGCCUAUCUUCGAAGACCCCUCAGUCUUAGGACAGAGUCAAGGACAAAACCCUACCUUCCAAUGAAGUAGUUAAAUCUAAACCUAAUAAUGCUAAGUCUUUGAUAGUUUACAAAAAUGUUUACAGGUACAAAAUUGUAGUUGAUCUGAUAACUUGCCAGUAUAAAACUAAAACUUUAUUAGUUGAAACAAUUAGUUUUUUUUAUUUCUUGGUAUUUUUUUAUAUUGUGUAAUUACAAUAUCAAUGUAUAGAACUGCAUGACAUCAAGAAUUUAUGUUAUAUUUAAAGUAUGUUAGGCAUAAAUUAUAAAAUGUCAGUUUGGUAUUUUUAUUAGUUGUGAUGACCUGGUAAACAAUUUGUUGAAGUAAAUGUGUAUAGGUUAGAAUCUUAACCAUACAUAAUAACACAGUCCUGUUUUCAGUGGAUUAUAAGCAUCUGUGAUAUAAUCAGUUUCCGAACUGACAAAAAUUCACUUAAAACUAACCUUUUUAGUUGUAAUUAUUUGUUAUUAUCUCAUAGUUUUACAUCCAUACAGAUUCAACUAAUUAUUUGUUCCCAUAUAGUUGAAUUUGUAAUAAACAGAUUAAGCCUGAUAAUUAAGAGUUUUGCCCUCAGUCUUAAUGUCAUUAGCUUGUUUGUUUAUUGUUGUAAUUUAUUUUCGGAUGUAGGAGUAUGAGAACAAAUGGAAAAAUAGAUGAAAAUAAAUUCUAAUUAUUA